AUGACACCGCAUGUGCUCCCCGUCAACAAUUAUGUAAACCCUUACCUUCAGGCAUGGUUGCCCAUGUCGAUGGGAGACCGAGCUCUUUUCCCGGCACUACUCUCAUCUUCACUCUCUCACCAAAGGAUAAAUGACCUGCUCACAGGGAGAGCCUUCCUACCUCCAAAUAAAAACGCCGAGUCCAUUCUUCAAGCCUGCUACAAAGAAACAAUUGGUGCAAUCAAUGAUGCUUUACGAGAUCCACGAAGAGCAACGACCGAUGCCACCAUUCUAGCAGUUCUCAUGACAGUCGAAAAACCAGUGUUUGAAAGCAGCAGGGAAUGGUCUCAAGAAUCGCCGUUCCUGGCGUCUCUUCAAAGCCUCCAAUGGUUGAGUGUUCACAGUGCUAGAGAGCCUGAAAUCGCCCACCAGGAUGGCUUGUGCAAGAUUAUCCACUUGCGCGGGGGACUUGCCAGUAUUGAGACACCGGGCGUUGCGGCGGCUGCUUUCUACCGAGUACUUGUCAACGCUACACUAUCGAUAUCUUUUCCAUCGCUGCCGUUCUUCUCGUUGUCUGGAAAAGACAAGCAGGCCAUAAAAGAAGUCAAUACGAACGACCCAACCAGCGCUGAUUCUCGACGAGACUUCUUACAUGAAGCUGGACUCAUUCCGGCCGUUGCAUCGGUAUUCCAAGAGUUGGCAGACUACACAAUAUCCAUUGAAAGCUACACCAGAGGGGACUCGCUGAGACUCGAUGCUCAGACAAUGUGUGACAGGCGGAAUCUCGUCCAGUAUAACUUGAUGUCCAUACCACCGAUCAGUGGCUCAAGGCUAGAGGACGCCGUUUCGGAAAUUUGUCGUAUCGGUGUAAUCAUAUACAGCAUCGGCGUGACAUUCCCACUUGCAGGAGUCGGAGCUCCAUUCGGCAUUCUCGUGCGUUUGUUGAAAGCUGAACUGCAAAAGAGUAAAGUGCUCGAGAUUGACCCACUGCCUCCAGCUACCAGUCAUCUCUUGCUCUGGGCUCUUACGAUGGGUGGUAUUGCGGCAUUGGACAAGCCCGAGAGGCCAUACUUAACCACUGCAUUAUUUAAUGUCAUUAGUCGAUUUAAGCUGACUCAGUGGAAAGAUAUGAAAGUGCAGUAUGGAGAAAAGGAGGAAGCAGGUCUUUUCGAUGCGGCAGAAACCCUGCGAUCUAUGCAGGCGGAGGAGGGUUCGAUGUGA